AUGGAUGAAUAUAAUCAACUAGGUGAAAACGCAUCUUCAAGGGGCAGUUUCUUGUAUGGGGGUCCAAUUCUUGCACCAAGUUCUUCUUUAUAUGGAAGAACAAACAGUGGAUCGAAUAAUCAGCAAAGCCAGUUGCCAAUUAACAAUUUUCAUCUUCAAUCAAGUGAUUGUUAUGAUCAAUCUGAAGGGCAAGGUCAUACUUCUGUCAAAACUGAAGCUGGGACUUCUCAAAUUCAUGCUCCCAAGUUUCACUACCCUUCUAUAAUUAGAGGGCACUACUCGGUUCAAGAUCAUCGCCCAAGGCAACAAGAAAGUGAGAAUUCUAGUGAAGUCGAUGCCAUUAAAGCCAAGAUUAUUGCUCAUCCUCAGUACUCCAACCUUUUGGAAGCAUAUAUGGAUUGUCAAAAGGUGGGUGCUCCACCUGAGGUGGUGGCUCGGCUCACGGAGGUUCUCCAAGAGUUUGAGACAAGACAGCGAGCUUCAGCGGCCAGUAGAGAUGUGUCAAAAGACCCAGAACUUGACCAAUUCAUGGAAGCUUACUAUGACAUGCUGGUGAAGUACCGAGAGGAGCUCACAAGGCCUUUACAAGAGGCUAUGGAAUUCAUGCGAAGGAUUGAAACGCAACUGAACAUGCUAACAAGUGCUCCCAUUCGGAUCUUCAAUUCUGAGGAGAAGUGUGAGGGUGUUGGUUCAUCCGAAGAAGAUCAAGACAAUAGUGGUGGAGAAACAGAACUUCCUGAGAUUGAUCCACGUGCUGAAGACCGUGAACUGAAGAACCACUUAUUGAGAAAAUAUAGUGGAUAUUUAAGUAGUUUAAAGCAAGAACUUUCCAAGAAAAAGAAGAAAGGAAAACUGCCCAAAGAUGCCCGACAGAAGCUCCUUAGCUGGUGGGAAUCACACUAUAAGUGGCCAUACCCAUCGGAGUCGGAGAAAGUGGCAUUGGCUGAAUCAACUGGUUUGGACCAGAAACAGAUAAAUAACUGGUUCAUUAACCAAAGAAAACGGCACUGGAAACCUUCGGAAGACAUGCAGUUCAUGGUGAUGGAUGGCCUCCAUCCGCAGAAUGCAGCCCUCUACAUGGAAGGUCAUUAUAUGGGUGAAGGUCCUUACAGGCAUGGCAUGAAAGUUGUACCUCUGCCGUUUGAUCCAAUUGCAAUAAUUGGAUACCCAUCUUUGACAGCCCAAGCUGAUAUAUAUUAUUGUUACGAGUAUCAGUAUCACUAA